AUGGAUGAGACGCACGACUGGCUGUUUGCUAAGAUGGCUUUUGACAUGAAUGAUCUAUUCCACUUGCAGCUGUAUCACCUGGCAAAUACGCAUGAUGUGGCAGACUCCGUUCACCUGGCGGCAUUGCGCACCAUGAGCGCACGUCACUCUGUCCGUGGAUACCUGGAUCGCCGACGUAGUAAUCGCGGACUGGUCGACUGCUCUUACGGGCCUCGCUUGAGCUCUUUCCCGUUCUACGAGACGGCGGCGCCCAUGGACUGGAUCAUCGAGGCUACCAAUGCGGCUGAGGUUAUUGAUUUUGUGCUGGCCCCGAUGCUUGAGCGCGAGGACUUCGCAAAUAUUGCUCUGCGCUCAACGGUGUGA